AAACAGUUCAGGAUGUCCCUCCAGUGUUGCCGUAAGGCUGUGACGUAAGAGGUCUAUAUAAAGGUGGGUUGUUGAAGAAGGUGAGGUAUAUGGAAAGAGGUGUAAAGAAGGGAGCAAUAAAGAAGUAGUGGAGACUGGACCUGCUCUCAUGACUCCCUUUUAUUAUUUUAUUUUAUCAGUACCCAAAUUAUGCGAACCCAGGACACUCGGCUACAUUGGUGGCAGAGGUGGGAUUUUAACUGCUGUGUUGAAAAAAAAAAGAAGAAGAAAGUUUUACACGGGACACCUGAGUUUCCAGUUAGCUGCUAAGCUUCCCGGCCAUUUUGCGGACACGUGGUGUGGCGACCACGACCCUUUUCAAGUCUGGAGGCGCCGUUUGACGGACACUCACACGGCAUGAAAGUCGAAAGUGGACUUUUGUUUUGACCGCUCCUUUCACUGACAGAGGGAGCCGACUGCGACUGCAACCAGGAGCUGGUGAGGAUUUUCGUAUCCUCCCGACUCGUCCCGUGGGAGACUGGGGGCAGUUUUUUUUAAGCAGGGACAAUUAAUGGACCGCUUCGGGGCCAACCUGUCGGCGAGUGCGCGUGCUCCAGGGGAGAGCUUGGAGGUGUUUGCUGCGGGCGUGGCCCGGCUGGUUGCGGAGGCGUUCCCGCGGUCUUGCUGCUGGCCCUUCACGCCGAGAGACAGCCGACGGUGGCGUGAGAAGUACAGAGCGUGUCGGACCCAUCGGUGCCCUUAACGUCCCCGUGGGCGGGUCCCAGGUUUGUCGGCCCCCCGGAGGGUGGUCAUGGACGUUCUGGAUGUGGCCCGGAGGUUCCCAUGGGGGCCGUGGGGAGUCCAGGGUGUUUCCCCUUCAAUUAGACUCUGUAUGUUUCUUGAUAAAAAAUAAGACGCGCACCACUGCCUAUAACCCCAAGUCUGAUGGCAUGAUGGAGCGUCCUAAACGAACUAUCUCACCAACGGACUAUCAUGCAGGGGGUCACUGGGGCGACCUGCGCACAAUCGGACUAUCUCGCAGGGGGUGACUGGGGUAACCUCCUGCGCACCAUCGGACCAUCUUGCUGGGGGCGACCUCCUCCACAUAAUUGAACUAUCUUACAAAUGGGGCGAUUGGAGUGACUUCCUUCGCAUCUGGGAGUUUUUGCAUGUUUUGAGGGGCCAGUGUGUUAGCCUAUGCAAUAUGGUGUGAAAAAAAAUAUUGUUGAUUUAUGUGUGCAUUAAAAAUGUGAAUUUGGAUUUUUUUUCUUUUCUCUGUUCUAUUUCCCCUUGUUUGUUACCUAUUUUGUUUGUGAUGAAACGGGGACGUUUCUGUAUUGAGGGGGGGAGGUAUGUAACAAACAGUUCAGGAUAUCCCUCCAGUGUUGCCGUAAGGCUGUGACGUAAGAGGUCUAUAUAAAGGUGGGUUGUUGAAGAAGGUGUGGUAUAUGGAAAGAGGUGUAAAGAAGGGAGCAAUAAAGAAGUGGUGGAGACUGGACCUGCUCUCAUGACUCCCUUUUAUUAUUUUAUUUUAUCAGUACCCAAAUUGUGCGAACCCAGGACACUCGGCUACAAUAUUAUUCAAAAAUAUUGUUUUUUAAUCGUUCGCUAGCUAGCAAGGGAGACUUAUGUUUUUUGGUUUGGAAAAUUUCACUUUGAGCUUGUUGCAAACAGCCCCUGAGAAAAUACACUAAUAUAGCCUUAUCUACUCUAAACAUUCAACAAACGAACAAUAUUUACUGAAAAGCGAAUUAGUCGGAAGGUUAAAAUCAGAACAGGUUUCCUUACUCAUAGUACGGUCGAUCGUCGUGAUUUCCUUGACGUGCGCAUGUGCAGUAUGAAUCGAAACGUUUAAGUAGACGGUCACUGUUAAAAUUCUGACAGGAGCACUGUUAUUAUCAUCUUUAAGGCAUGUGUAUGAACAUCUGAAAAAAAAAAGUAUUGUCAAUCGCAUAAAUAAUGUAUCUCCCAUGUGAGUGUAAAAAGCGCCCCUCAAGUCAGGGCUGUUAAACUCCGCCCACUUCUGCACUGACAGUUGAAGCGCAGCAGAACUUCACUUUCGGCAGCGAUUUUAGUGUUUGCUUCACUGUCCUGUUCUCAGUUAAGCUUCUUUGGUGUCGAUCAACUUGUGGAGGAUUUUAUUUUUUUUUUGAUUUUUUUUUUUGCUCUCUUGGAUAUGAGCGAGCGUGCAUAUCCUGGGUACGGUGGACUGAACUAUCCCUGCUCAGUUUGAUGGAGAAACAGUUCUUGCAUGCUCGCCAUGGCUUAUUACCCUUUCCAAGCUCAACGGGGAGCAGGUGCCUUGCCCUUGCCUGCCUUAUUGGCAGCCGCACAGCCUUCCUUCCACCCCGCGCUAUGUGUCCCGGAUGCGGCGUCCCGCUCGGAGGCUGAGCGGCAGCCGGCGGGCUCCGAGGCGGGGCUGCACGUUGCCCUGAGCAGACAGCACCACCAGGGCACCCCGCUGGGCACCUUCAAGAAUCUGCAGCUUGUGGACGGGCUGAGUGACGACCCCAAAGUUACUUUAGAAUCCAAGGAUUUAUGGAACCAGUUUCACAAAAUGGGGACGGAGAUGGUUAUUACUAAAUCAGGAAGGAGGAUGUUCCCCGCUUUCAAAGUAAAGGUGGAUGGCCUUGACAAAACAUCUAAAUAUAUCCUGCUGAUGGACAUCGUCUCUGUUGAUGACUUCCGUUACAAGUUUCACAACUCCCGCUGGAUAGUAGCUGGAAAAGCAGACCCGGAGAUGCCAAAGCGCAUGUACAUUCAUCCUGACAGUCCAUCCAAGGGAGAGCAAUGGAUGAGCAAGCCCGUUGCAUUCCAUAAACUCAAACUCACCAACAAUAUAUCGGAUAAGCACGGAUUUACAAUUUUGAAUUCAAUGCAUAAAUACCAGCCCAGGUUCCAUAUUGUGAGAGCCAACGACAUCAUGAAACUUCCAUACAGCACCUUCCUGACUUACGUUUUCCCAGAGACUGAGUUUAUUGCUGUCACUGCUUACCAAAACGAGAAGAUCACACAGCUAAAAAUUGACAACAACCCUUUUGCCAAAGGAUUCAGGGACACAGGCAAUGGAAGACGAGAAAAAAGGAACAAUCCUCUAAACAUAUCCCCACUGCAUGAGAACAAAGCAGACUGUGCUGAUUCGGACGACUCUUGGGACCAGCCCAGUACCAGCGACACGUUUUAUUCUCCACAGCAAUCUUGGGCUGUGACAUCCAUGCCAAACUGUCAAGAUGAUAACACAGGAAGCGAUUCAGAUAUCGAUCUGCAAGGUGAGGAUAUCGGUGGCUCUUGGGUCGAAUCCUCGUCUCGGCUGAGUAUGAAGAGUGACGUGAAGGAUCCGCCAACGUCUGCUGAGAAUUUAUUGGCGGAGCUAAAUCCUUCACAAGGCUACAGGAGUACAAUCAAAGAUGGCCUGAAACAACUGCCUCUUUUGUCAAUGGAAACACAAAGCUCAUCAUCACAGAGUACAGGACAGCUACAGACUGAGGUGCUUUCAAACAGCCAUCUUGGGGCACCUUUGCUGUUUCACCCAGGUCAGUUGUCUCUGAAGACAGGGGCUUUUCAUCCUUUGGGACAUCUGUUUUCCUCGUUCUCAGGAUUAAAUGAGCCAGAACACAGAGGGCUAUUUCAAAGCCUCGCAUCUCCAUCGCCACUCAUGUUUCACCUAGCUCAGGGAAUUUCACUCCCACCCUUUGGAGGGUUGCUGUCAUACCCAUGGAGCUACAUGGCAUCAUCACCAGCUGCAAUGACCGCAGCACUCCCAACUGGUUCCACAACCUCAUCGUUUUUAAGAAACCGCUCUUUUCACAACACCCUACCGUGGUUGCGGUUCAGCCCUUAUCAGAUACCAGCCGCUGCUGGAUCGAGUCAAAAACCCCCGCCAGCGAGUUCUAACUCGACUAAAUCUGGACAGUCCAAACCGUACAGCGGAGAGUCCAGUCCAGUGUCAGACAGUCACAACCAUAACAAGGCUGGAAACCAGCAGACUGCUCCACUUGAUAUCAAAGCUUCCGCUGAGGAACUCCAAAGCUGUACUUGAUCAAUUAAUUUCACCACUGCUAUAAACAUUUAUUAAUGUUCAUCCGUAUGUGUUGCAUAUUCCACUGACAACCACCACAUACUGGAUAUUAUGUCAGAAGGUCAGUUCAACGUAAAAAGCACUGUGCAUAACAAACACUCCAGUCUAUUCAUAAUUACAUUUACUUGUGUUUCAUUGACACGCCUGCUGCCUUGACUUUAAAGCAUUUGUAGGAUUUUUUUGUCCACACAGAAAAGCAUAUUUGAGGUUAAAGUCAAGGUAUCUGAGGUAAAAGGUUAAUUCAGUCCAUCUUCCUUUUUACAACUCACAUACUGGUAUGUACAAUAGCAGCCUCCUUCAGGUUUAUUUACUAUUGUAUUGAUCCAUAUAAGUAUUUUUUUCCCUCAAGUCUUAAAACCAUGGGUCGUCUUAUAUUUGGGGGUCUAGAGAAGUGUACAGUAGUACCACAAUUUAAGAGCUUAAUUAGUUUUUUUGACAGGGCUCUUAACUCAAAACACUUGUAUCCAAAAUCUACCUAUUUUAUUAACAUUUUUUGGAAUUAUUUUCCUCGGUGCUUGACCCCCCCCCC